AUGGCCGGCUCAUUUGGUCGACUGAUUGCUCCACUUCUUACCAGUGUGCUGUACGUGAACUUUGGUCCGAGAAUUCCAUGGAUUACACAGAUCGUGCAAAUUUCCGUGAUUAUCUCAUUAUGGUUAGGCUUUUCUAAGAAAAUGGUUCCACUUAAUGUGGACUCUCAAGAGACCGUAUCCUCUCAGGAGGAGAAGUUCUAG